AUAUCUUGUUGAUGGUCAUUUCCUGCACAUCAAGAUAUGGCUUGGCUGCUGUUGCUCGGGCUGAUGCUGGCAUCUGCCCCGGCUGUGGUGGCAGACGAUGACCUAGCCGACUUUUCCAACAAUCUGGCGACGGAUAUCGGGCCGCUGCUUGCGCUCUUUGGUGAUGCGAUGACACGCCAAUACCUUAGCGAGAGCAUAACUUUCCUUGAUUAUUUCAUCUUUGCCCUCGGUCCUAUCGGCAUUCUUACGGCUAUAGUCUCCGCUGCCCGGCUCUGUGGACAUUCCACGCUGCGCGCCUUUAUAGGCCGCUCGCAGGAAGGCGAGACCACCGUCGAAGCAGAUCUAUGCACAUCGACUAGUCGCGAUGUAUGCGAGCUCUUCACUAAAGGCGGAAUUACCCGGGUCAUAGGCCGGGCAAAUAUUCUCGAACUCAUAUAUUUUCCCCCGAAGACGGCCUCGGCAAAUCCAUCCGGAACUCAUCAAUACAACGCUUCUUCGUCUGAUAAUUCGCGAUCGAAUAGUCUCUCGUCUAAGACCCAUGAACCAAGAUCAUCAUUGCUCAAUCAUCUAGAAGGAGCCAUUUCGUCUAAACCAUCUGUCGAAAGCUUUAAGCUACUUCCGUUCCAGCGAUUUGUCCAGGAAGAGGCAGACUCGGAAACACGGUCAUGGUGUCAAGUAGGUGGUCAUCCCAUGGACCGUCAUAGGCUAGCCCCGCGACCGAAUCUAUCUCUCAACGUGGGGAUCAAGAAGCAGCCCAAAUGGGCGUUCUAUUCAGUAGCAGCAGUCGGCAUGCUACUUCAAUUAUUCAUCAUUGCCUUUACUGCCAUAGGUACCUGGGUGUACGACUGGAACAUACGAUCACAAGGCUCGUCCGCAUCGCAAAACUACGCGCCCAGCAUGUUCAUCAUCGGAACCUGCCUUUUGGCAGCUGGCAUGUGCUCGUGCGCGGCUUUGAUCGGGCAAACGACCAAGAGGGUCCAUUUUCGUCGCAACGACUCUUCCAAGAGGACCGGCCGUCUCAUUUGGCUACAGCCCGGCCCGACUGUUGUGGGUGACCAGAGCUUCGACGCAUUUGCCUACCUUGAUCGCCAAGAAAGGCCACUUCAAUACUGGACAUCGUCCCGAAAAGAACCGAACCCGCGAUUCGAAAUUUUUACCUUUUUGGCUGUGGCCGUGACUUUGGUGGGAUACUUCAUGCAAUUCAUUGGACUACGUGGCAUGAAAGCGUGGGUUUCGCUUGCGCAGCUCGGUGUGACGGUCGUUAUGAGCCUGCUCCGCGGCCUUUUGCGCAUCCAGCGCCUCGGCAAGAACGACAAUUUGCUCGACCAUAUGCCCGACAUGGUGUCUGGCCACGAGCUGGACUGGUUAUCAUUCCAAGUUGCCGUGCAUGAAAGACUUUCGGACCCCGGCGCCACCAUUUCAGGCAGUCCAUUUUGGCUGUUGACAGGACAAUUUUAUCCGGCAGAUAUUGAGACAACCCCUGCGAGCAUGGAUGAUGCCCAUCACCAGAAAAGCUCGAGGUAUUCAAAGUCAAACUACCCGCUCGAGCUUUAUAGUCGAAUUCCCAACCAUGAAUGUAUGAGUGGACAAGAGAAAGACUUGAUGGCCGAAGAAGCAGGUUCAUGUCGAGCAGACUGGGCGCACCUGUUGCAAGUUCGAGCCUGCCUUGCACGGAUAACAGGGCUCAAUGAACGUCUUUCUUCCGGUACCCAAGAGUGGCGCGAAACAUCUGUUGCGAUCCGCAAAAGAGCAAAAUCUUUAUGCACCGCUCUAUGCGCCGUGUUGGAAACGCUAUUUCGAGGCCAGCGGCACAGUCAAACUUUGCGGCUAUAUAUGGACUUUGUUGCGGCCCCUCGAAGUCUCAGAGAGUGCAACCAAACUCAUCAGAACGGAACAGUGUUCGUGACUGUCGAGAGGUUGCAUGGGCAUUGGGGUGUCGACUCGAGUCAAAUCGAAGCCAUCUUGGGCACAUGCGUUUGGUCAUUGGCGACUGAUGAGCGCAUGCUUUAUCGCGAUGAUUCAGGCAAGACAAGAAGCCGCUUCGACGGACAAUGGAAUGGGCGAAUAAUAUCUGGCAGUCUCUCUGACCGGGAUACGGAUGAUGGACUUGACAAAAUAGGUGAGAUGCAGCUUUGGGCUGGUGCCGAUAUGAUUCCAGUCGUCCAGACGAGCCUGGCACAUUGCCCAGAUGCUACACACAGCCUCAUGGACCUUUGGAUGCCGCUUCUGAAAUCGGAUAUUCUUUCAAUGAAACUGGCAUGCAAUCACGGCGACGAUGAUAGCGAAGUUCGUGCCCGUACGGACAGCCUUGGGCACAUGAGAUUCUCGGGCUGGGUUGCCGUUGAGAAAGCGCUUCGCUUAGAGCGAGGAGUCAACACUUCCCAUAGUCGCUGUGGGAAGCAGAGCAAGGCUCGAGUGCAGUACGCACGCUCAGACCUUCCGCUUGCUGAUUUAUGCACGCAAGAGCUCUUCGCUGCGCUGGUUCGAUCAAUCACGGAACUCGUCACGUUUGCAGAUACUGGAGUUGUCGAGAGGGCAGGUGUGGCAAGCCUAGACAAUCCGACAAUCAACGCCAUCAUAGACCCGUUCGUCCAACAUGGUCUUGGUAGUCGCUCUGACGCCUUGUUUUCCGUCCUGCCAGGAUAUUGGGACAAAGUAAGACCGAAGGCAAGCGUGUUGCUUAGCGGUCUUGUCACGACCGCGAGGUCAUAUCGCCGACAAAAACACUGGGACAAGGCAGCGGUUUUAUUACGUUGGGGGUGUCAACGCUUCUCUCACAACACAGGAUUGGAAAGCGAGCCGACAGAAUCGUCCUACAUCAAGGUGUUGCUCGAGACCGCAGAGUUGUAUCGAUGGUCACUCGCGAUCCAGGGAGACAAGGAGCGACAAGACUUUGGUGCUGCGGGAAUCCGAUCGCUACAUCAAACAUACUCCCCUAGCCCAGAUCAGCCCAGUUGGAAACUGACUUUUGAGGCCCUUCAUCCGUAUCUGGAGGUCGUGGACCGGAUGUCAGGGCGAGCCGCGGGAGCCAGCGAUGGCAACCUCGUGGACGCAAUCCGGGAACGAGACAGAACCACGGCUCUCUUACGAUUAACAUUUACACAAGCUGAUGGUUUUGAAGAUGCUGAGACAGAGGCGGCACUCCCACUCGCAGCACGCAACAAGUGGCCUGAGGUCAUGGACACGAUUCUGGAGUGCAGCCCGAUCAUCGACGGCCGAGACGACAGCGGUCGAACAGCUGCCUCACAUUGCGCAGAGCUCGGCUGGAUCGAAUACCUAGAGAAGCUCGUGGAGGUGAAAGCCUUCGUCGACCAGGCUGACAACGAGCUACGGUCGCCUCUUCAUUGGGCGGCCUUUGCAGGCCAGCAGGAGGUUGUCCAGUAUCUCCUUCGCUCUGGUCACGUCGACCUAAUGCGCGAAGAUGUGCUCGGCCAGACGCCACUGUCGCAUGCAGCUAAAGCUGGACACGUGUCCGUGAUGGCCCUCCUGCUGCGCAGAGGUGCAAAUACUGAGUCGAGGGACAAGGACGGCCGGACGGCGCUGUCCCUGGCUGCAAGCGGCGGGCACCGUGACGCGGUGGCCUUUCUGGUGGACAGAAAGGCUGAAAUCUCCUCCCAAGACGAUGCUGGCCGCCAACCGAUACACUGGGCUUGCCAGAACGGCAAUGUCGAUACGAUAGUCUUCCUCAUCGACCAUGGAGCCGACAAGGAAGCCAAGGACAAGUCCAAGUUAGCACCACUUGCCUGGGCCGCGAGCUCCGGACAGGUAGCGGCGUUGGAGUACUUGCUUGGUCUGGGCAUCGAUAUUGACUUGAAAUACGACUUCGAUCGGACCGCGAUAUCGCUUGCCGCCGGCAACGGACACUUCGACGCCGUAGAGUAUCUACUCUCGAAGGGGGCCAACAUCAAGACCGGGGACAGCCAAGGCGGCGUGCCGCUGUCGUGGGCGGCCAGGACCGGCCACGCCCGCGUCGUCGAGCUUUUGAUCAAGCACGGGAGCGCGAUCAAUUCCACUGAAUGGGGAGGAAUGGGCAGCCCCCUAUCGCAGGCCACCGCCGCAGGCCACGAGGCCGUGGUGGACGCUCUCCUCGGCGGCGGCGUCAAAGUAGAUGAGAUCUUGCGCGAGAGCGACACAGCGCUGACUGUGGCCGCGCGGACCGGACAGCUGGCUAUCGUACGGAAGCUCGUCGAACGAGGCCACGCGAAUAUCAACCACAAGAACGAGCAGGGAUGGACGCCGCUAGUGGAGGCCAUCAGCAGCGGGCAUGGGGUCGUAGUCGACUGGCUCAUAGAGCGCGGCGCCAAGCGCAACACCCUUGAUUGGCUGGGCCGCCUGCCGAUGUUCUUUGCCGCGGCGACUGGGCGUACGGCCAUCUUGCGGCGGCUGCUUGAACUAGGUUUUAGUGUCGAAUGGAUCACGCAUAAGCACGAGACAGCCCUGUCCGUCGCAACUGAGAGGGGCCACACAGAGGCGGUAGAGCUACUUACCUCGUGGGCAAAUAGGCCACAGCCCGAUCCAUCUGAAUAG